AUGAGGCAAACCGAACUGACCGUGGCGCGCGGAUGUCUGAUGUGGGGAUGUCGCGUCGUGGUUCCGCCGAACCUGAGAUCCAGAGUGCUGAGCGAGCUGCAUGCCGGACAUCAAGGAAUGGUGAAGAUGAAGCAGCUCGGAAGGAUGCACGUCUGGUGGCCGAACAUGGACAAGCAGAUCGAGGCGGAAGUCCGGAACUGCGAAGGCUGCUGGCAAAAGCGAGCAGAGCCACCAAGCGGAGAUCUGCACCCAUGGGAGUAUGCCAAGGGACCCUGGCAACGGAUACAUCUAGAUUUCGCUGGUCCUGUGGAAGGUCAAUUCUACGUGGUUGUCAUCGACAGCUACUCGAAGUGGAUGGAAAUCGCUCCAAUGAAGACCAUCACAACAGAGAAGACGAUUGAAUACCUGCUGAACCUGUUCGCUAGGUGGGGACUGCCUCACCAACUGGUCACGGAUAAUGGUCCACAACUCGUCAUCAAGGACUUCGAAGGGUUCUUGGAGAGGAACGGAAUCAAGCACAGUGUCACAGCGCCGUACAAGCCGUCCACUAACGGAGCUGCGGAAAGAGCAGUGGGUUGUCUGAAGAACCUGCUGAAGGCCUCAAAAGGCAAGAAGGUCAACAUCCCGAACUUCCUGAUGGCGAAACGGGACGGUGCCAUCCGCUUCUGCGUCGACAUGAGAAGGGUGUGCCAGGCGGUCAUCACGGAUGGACAUCCUCUUCCGAGGAUGGAGGACAUUCUCGAUCGGCUGCGUGGUUCGCUGAUGUUUUCCAGGCUGGAUCUGAAGGACGCGUACCAGCAGCUGGAGCUGCAUCCGGAGAGCUAG